CCCCCCGGUCUAGGUCUUGACUGCUCGAACGGCGGCUUCGAAUACCCGUAUCCAGCAUGACCAGCCUCCUCUCUCCAAUCGACCUUGCAGGUCUCAAGGACAAGAGUGUCUUGGUGACGGGCGGCGCAUCAGGUCUGGGACUGGAAACAGCACAACUGUUCGCCUCAAAGGGCGCGUACGUGACCAUUGCCGAUGUCCAGCCCCCGCUGGACGAGAGCACCCUCACCAAACCAGGCGAGCACGUUCAGUACGUGCGCUGCGAUGUGAGCGACUGGGAGAGUCAAGCGGCGGCAUUUCAGCAGGCCAUGUCCUUCUCGCCGGCAAAAGACAUCGACGUCGUGGCCACCUUUGCCGCCGUCGAUCCGAUGGAGAAUCUCAUUGACCAUGUCAAGGCCACCACCAGCAGCGGCCAGGAAGUGACGCUCGAGCGACCGCCGGUGGCCCCUUCGCUCAAGUGCCUCGAAAUCAACUUGAAAGGGACCUACUACUCGGCUGCUCUGGCACUGCACUACUUCCAACUCAAGCCGCCGCAGCCUCUCCCUUCGUCCUCGGCGCCUUCCACCACUCCCACAAAGGCUCUGGUCUUCAUCUCCUCGCUGGCAGGCUACCUGGAUGACGACCACAGCAUCGCCUACACGACCUCCAAAUUCGGCACGAGGGGACUCUUCCGCGCUCUCCGCCGCCGGAUCCGCGACGAGAUGGGCGUCCGCGUGAAUCUGGUGGCGCCGUGGGCCAUCAAGACGCCCAUGACCGCACCAAUUCUCGAAGCCCUGCAGGGAAUGGGGAUCGAGGACGGCAAGGGGAUCACGUUCGCGAGCAAGGAGACGUGUGCACAGGCGGUGGGGCGGAUUGCCCUCGACGAGACGUUGCACGGCCGGGCGUUUGCUAUCAUGCCCGAAGGGGCGUUUGAUAUCAAAGACGACAUUGAGGGAGGGUACGGGGGUGAGGAGUUGAAAGUGCUGAUGGCGUGGAGGAAGGCGGCGGGAGAUUUCCUGCAGGGUUAGGAGGAAUGCCUAUCUAUGUCUCCACCUGUCUCUGCCUGUAUAGAAACAAUUCCAAGCGGGUGCGACUUUGGCCAGGGGUAUCUUAUGACCAUGAACAAUAAGGGCUGUUUGAUUUCCAGCCCAUCUAUUCGUGGACAUCUAUGUCUCCAUCGUCGUCAAGUAAGUAGAGGUCAUGGAUAAAUUUGCACACAUACAUAUUACCUC